AUUUUGCAUGCUCUAUAAAGUGAUACAAGGACAAGCACUCUCUGGACUUAUGGCUCAACGACGAACUGAACAAUUAGAAUAUAGAACACGCGACCCGGCUCAUACUGCCGGUAGUGUUAUGGAUGGGCCACCCACUCCCUGUCCGGCUAAAGUAGAAUAUGCUACACCAGUAUUUGCGCGGAACUAUCAGGGUAUGUGGCGAUAUGUAGUGCAAAUUCCGUACGAAGGAUAUUUCACCCAAACAGUGGAGGUGACUAAAUGCACUCAAACUAAAUGUCAUUACAUAGAAGGAGGAUGUCUGUCAUCACCAAGAUGGGUAAGCUUGUUGGUUGCAGAAGUUUACUAUCCAGACACGUAUUUACCGUCUGCUUCUAACAAUCGAAGAUUACCCGUACCACCACCACAACAAGGUAUGUAUAGAACACAGGCACAAGGCGAUGACCCACCUUCAGUACAAGACUUUCAAAACUACCAACAAUAUUUACAUAAACGUGCUACUCAAGGUGCUCCCGAUCCUUUGCCUUCUCAAUCAUCUACUUCGACAUCGAAGAAAAAGCAUCAUUGUGAUGGUAUUGACGAACUCGGAUGUUUCCAAGUGAGACUUUACUAUGACUGGUUUUUGAUUCCUGGAAGUUGYAAAUGCUGGAGACCAGAUUAUUUUGCAAGAUAUGUAAAAAGAAAAUCAACAUCACCUGAACUGUAAAGACGUUUUAUUUAAAUGAUAUGUAUAUAAAAAUAUUAAUUUAUUUAUUAUUUGUAUAAUACAAUUAAUAUUGUCUCUUAUACUAUUUAAGACUAAAUAGAUAAGUAUUAAAAUGACUCAUAAGUAGGAAAUGAGCCGAAUCCUUCAAAAAUUGAUUUGUAUUAAUUUUAAGAAUAUGUAUGAGAUUUAAAAACACUCUUAAAUCAAAUAUUCAUUUAAGGAUUUUUUAAAUCCACAGUCCAUAUUUUGACUUGGAAUUUUUAAUUUCCAAUGAUUUUAAAACAUGCUCAAUUUUGGACAUAUAUUAUAAACUAAAACUAUAAAUAAAUUGAAAUUUGUAUUUGAUAUACCUAUAUUUACAAAGAUAUUGAGUUAACUUUAAUUUUUAGAGGAGGGACUGAUAUUAUUUAAAAAUAGGUAUAUUUACAAAACCAAAGACAACUCCCUCCAUCAUUGUCAGAACAUUACAUUUUUCUGAAAGGGUACACCCGAAUCUCUCCGAUCACUGAAUAAUGUUUGUAUUUUUAGAUAGAUAUACGUAUGUAGAAUGUUUAGGUUUAUUAUUAAUAUUAUACUAUAUUAAUCUGAAUAAAAUAAAUAGUAUGAUCUAAU